GCCCGGGUGGCUGCGGUGGCCUUGUCCCCGCGAGCUCGGGUCCCUCAAGGUUCCUCGGCAGGACAGCGGGCCGUCCCGGAAACAAACGGUGCUGUGAGAUCCCCAGGAAGGAUGUCUGGACUUCCCAGAAGGCAGGAAAUGGUAUCACCACCUUUCCAGAAACCUGAUGGCCAGAAUUCGGUCGCCUUUGAGGAUGUGGCUGUGAACUUCACCCAGGAAGAGUGGGCUUUGCUGGAUCCUUCUCAGAAGAAUCUCCACAGAGAUGUGAUGCAGGAAGUCCUUAGAAAUUUGGCUUCUAUAGGAAACAAAUGGGAGGACCAAAAUGUUGAAGAUCAGAACAAAAAUCCUGGGAGAGAUCUAAGGCACAUCAGUCCAUCUGAUAAUGAGGAGAGUAGAACGAAGCUAUCUGAACUUAAACAGAAGAGAAAAUCUUUAAUUUCUCACACAAGUGUUCAAAGACAAGUAGCAGUGCACACUGUAAGUGGACUUUAUAAAUGUUUGACAUGUGGAAAAGAGUUCAGUUGUUCCAGGUCUUUUCGAAAACAUGGACAAUCUCACACUGGAGAGAAGCCAUAUGGAUGUAAACAAUGUGGGAAAGCCUUCUCUUGUUAUUUUUUCCUUCAAACACAUGAACGAACUCAUACUGGAGAAAAGCCCUAUGAAUGUAAACAAUGUGGGAAAGCCUUCACUAGUUCUUCUUACCUUCCAAUACAUGAACGAACCCAUACAGGAGAGAAGCCCUAUGAAUGUAAGCAGUGUGGAAAAGCCUUCACUACUUCUGCUUACCUUCAUACACAUGAACGAAUUCAUACUGGAGAGAAGCCCUAUCAAUGUAAACAAUGUGGGAAAGCCUUUAAUAAAUACAGUAACCUUCAUACACAUGAACAAACUCAUACUGGUGAGAAGCCCUAUCAGUGUAAACAAUGUGGGAAAGCCUUCACUAGUUCCAAUUACCUUUUGUUACACGAACGAACUCAUACUGGAGAGAAGCCCUAUCACUGUAAACAAUGUGGGAAAGCCUUCACCAAGUCCAGUCGCCUCCACACACAUGAGCGAACUCAUACUGGAGAGAAGCCCUAUCAGUGUAAACAAUGUGGGAAAGCCUUUGCUACAUCCAGUCACCUUCAUAUACAUGAAAGAACUCAUACAGGAGAGAAACCCUAUCAAUGUAAACAGUGUGGUAAAACCUUCACUAGUUCCAGGAACCUUCCAGUACACAAACGAAUUCAUACUGGAGAGAAGCCUUACGAAUGCAAGGAGUGUGGUAAAGCUUUCAUUAGUUCUGCUUACCUUCAAAUACAUGAACGAACUCAUACAGGAGAGAAGCCCUAUCAAUGUAAACAGUGUGGUAAAACCUUCAGUACCGUCGGUCCCCUACAUAAACAUGAACGAACUCAUACUGGGGAGAAACCCUUUGAGUGUAAACAAUGUGGAAAGUCGUUUACUAGUUCUUCUUACCUUCAAAUCCAUCAACGAAUUCAUACUGGGGAGAAGCCCUAUGAAUGUAAACAAUGUGGGAAAGCCUUCACCACAUCCAGUCACCUCCACAAACAUCACCGAACUCACACUGGUGAGAAGCCCUAUCAAUGUAAACAAUGUGGGAAAGCCUUUACUAAUUCCACUCACCUUCAUGCACAUGAACGAACUCAUACUGGAGAAAAGCCCUACCAAUGUAAACAAUGUGGGAAAGCCUUCAUUAGUUCUGCUAACCUUCAAACACAUGAACAAACUCAUACUGGAGAGAAGCCCUACCAAUGUAAACAAUGUGGGAAAGCCUUCAGUAGUUCUGCUUACCUUCAAAUACACGAACGAACUCAUACUGGAGAGAAGCCCUAUGAAUGUAAACAAUGUGGGAAAGCCUUCAUUAGUUCUGCUUACCUUCAAAAACAUGAACGAACUCACACUGGAGAGAAGCCCUAUGAAUGUAAACAGUGUGGGAAAGCCUACAGAACAUCUAGUCACCUUCAGGCACAUAAACGGACUCAUACUGGAGAGAGGCCCUAUGAAUGUAAGGAAUGUGGAAAAGCCUUUGCUAGGUCUAGUCACCUUCAUAUACAUGAACGAACCAUACAGGAGAGAAACCCUAUGAACGUAAACAAUGUGGAAAAGCCUUCACUAAGUCCAGUAACCUUCACACACAUGAACAAACUCACACUGGAUAGAAGUCCUGUGAAUGUGAACAAUAAUGAAUGAACUCAUACUGCAGAGAAGUCCUAUGAAUGAAACUGGUAAGACCUUCCAUAGGUCCAUUCACCUUCAAAAACAUGAACAAACUUCUACUGGAAAGAAGCCCUGUUUGUAAACUGGGUAAUAAAGUCUAUAUUCAAAAGCAUCAACUCAUGCUAGAGAGAAACCCUAUCAAUGAAAACAAUGGAAAAUGCCUUACACGUUAUUAGUUCUCAUUGUAUGCAUGAGAAAAAAAUGCAAAAAAGAAAAAGGCAAAUCAUUUAAUAUUUCUAGUCACCUUCAAUGGCAAGUGGAAAAAAAAAGGUAGGUUCUCAGUUGCCUUCAAAACUGUUUCACUCACUCUGACAAACAAACCCACUGAAUGUGUGAUGUUCCACUUUCCAUCCUAUGAAUGGAUGGAAGACCUUGCAUAUGAGGAAUGUGGCUAAGCUUCCAACUUCCCAGUUCUUUUGAAAGACAAAAGACAAAA